AGAGAGAGAGAGAGAGAGAGAGAGAGAGAGAGAGAGAGAGAGAGAAAUGUAGGAGAGAGAAGAGAGAGAGAGAGAGAGAGAGAGAGAGAGAGAGAGAGAGAGAGAGAUAUACAGAUGUUACUAGAGAGGAGAGGGAGGGAGCGAUGUAGGCAGGACAGAGAGAGAGAGAGAGAGAGAGGAGAGAGAGAGAGGAGAGAGGUGGGGUGA